CAGCGAUUCGUAUCGGCCCAUUUGCCCAUAUUGGUCCUUGUACGUCAACCUGGCGAAGGGAGAGGGGGAGAGAGAGAGACACUCCCUUCUCCCUGACAAGAAGCGGACGAAGAGAAAGAAGUGGAGGAGUGAGGGAGAUUUGUAGGGUUCUUCUUGUUCUUCCUCUUGCUCCCUCCGAACUGGCACAGGCUGAUCACGACAUAUAUGUACAUGUUUUCCGCGUUGAGGUUGAAUUUCAUGGAAGCUGCGUUUUAGGAACAAUCUUCUUAUAGUUCGCAGUGCCAUUCUUCCCCCCCCACUGCGGAGUUGUCAUCUGUCGAUCUUUAGGAAAUUUCGUUGGAUUGCUAAAACAAAGAAACAUGGAGUUCGUGCCUGUGGUUCACAGGAAAAUGUGUCGUUCAGGAAUAUGAUGCUUUUGCUGUGCAUGAAUCCUUAUCUUAUUUUGACUUAGGGGAGAUUCAUGAAUGCAUGCGGCUUAUUUUGGAUGUAAAAGCGGCGGGCUGCUGCCUUUUCUGUAUGGAUAUUUUGCUUCUUGGAAUUCCAUUUUAAAAUUGACUGUACCCUCUUCUUCUGCAUUUAGCAUCCUUUAAGGUUUGGAAAUAUGGGUAGCAAAAAGAUGGAUAUUGACAUUGGGCACAAGAUAAGUGAAACUGAUGAUUUGGAAGAAAAUCAUCAGAUGGAUGCUGUGGAAGCAUCUGAAUGUGGUCUCAAGACAAGUAGUUCUGCUUUAUCCAAGUAUGACUUAAGUAAAGAGGAGCUGCAUAAGUUUUUGAAGGAUGCCACAGUGUCUUUUUUUAAUGAAUGGGGACUGAUAAGUCAUCAGCUGAAUUCUUUCAACGAAUUUGUUGAUCAUGGGAUACACAAGCUUUUUGAUUCUCUUGGAGAGUUUCAGGUCUCUCCAGAUUACAAUCCAUCAAGAAAAACAUUUGGUGGUUGGCGGAGUGCAGUGGUGAAGUUUGGCAACGUUAGAAUUGACAAGCCUUCUUUCUGUGAUGAACAAGGGAAUACUUGGCCUCUCACUCCAAGCCAAGCACGUCUUCAGAACCUUUCAUAUUCAUCCCGUAUACAUGCUGAGAUAAAUGUCCAGGUUUUUGAAGAUGUGAAGAAAAAUGAAAAAUUUAAAACUGGAAAAGAACCAUACAGGAAUGCAGUCACUGAGAAGACAUGUGAUGUGCUGAUUGGCCGCGUUCCUGUGAUGGUAAAAUCAAGUCUUUGCUGCCUUGAAAAAGAAGAUUGUGAUUUUGACCUUGGAGGUUAUUUUAUCAUCAAAGGUUCAGAAAAGACCUUCAUUGCACAGGAAAGAAGAUGCUUAAGGAGGCUGUGGGUUUCAGAUAAGCCAACUUGGAUGAUAUCUUACAUUCCAGAUGAGAUAAAAAGGAGAAGAAUCUACAUAAAACUUUUAGGGACAUCAAAAGGAGCUUUAGCUGAAGUAAAAAUCAUAAAUGUAAUCUUCCUAUAUGCUGCAGUUCCUGUCUGGAUCAUGUUUUUUGCGCUUGGUGCUACAUCAGAUAAGGAAAUUGUCGACAUGCUUGACCUUGAUACCAGUGAUGGUAGUUUCUCAAAUAUAAUUCUUUCAGCAAUUUACGAUGCUGAUGAGAAAUGUGAAGACUUUCGUCGGAGCGGGAGGGCUAUGGAUUAUAUCAAUGGUCUAAUAAGAAAAUCAAAAUUUCCUCCAAGUGAAUCAAUGGAUGAGUGUAUCGACCUUUAUUUAUUUCCAGCUCUUCAGAGCCGUCGUAUGAAAGCUCUUUUUCUAGGAUACAUGGUCAAAUGCUUGCUAUUGUCAUAUUUUGGACAAAGAAAAAUUGACAAUAAGGAUGACUUUAGAAAUAAAAGGCUAGAAUUGGCAGGUGAAUUGCUUGAGCGGGAGUUAUUGCUGCAUGUGAGGAAUGCUGGAAGGCGCAUGAUCAGGGCUCUGCAAAGAGAUUUGUCUAAAGAUCUGAAGUCAAUUGAUAAUUACUUUGAUGCUUCAAUAGUGACAAAUGGCCUACAUAGAGCUUUCUCAACUGGAGGUUGGUCACAUUCAUAUAAAAGAAAUGAAAGAUGUUCUGGUGUCGUAGCGACCCUUCGAAGAACCAACCCUCUGCAAACAGUGUCAGAUAUGAGGAAAAGCCGCUUGCAAGUUCAAUAUACAGGAAAAAUUGGUGAUGCGAGAUACCCAAAUCCUUCAUACUGGGGCAAAGUAUGCUUUUUGUCCACACCUGACGGAGAAAAUUGUGGCCUUGUGAAGAAUUUGGCUGUCACAGGUCUUGUCAGCACUAGUUUGUUAGAUGUACCUUUGGACAAACUUGUUGAUUGUGGAAUGGAGGAUAUUGAUGACAGUUCUCUAUCUUCAUUGCAUGGAAGAUUCAAGAUUUUCUUGAAUGGGGAGUGGGUGGGGCUUUGUGAAGAUUCUAUUACCUUUGUUAGCAAUCUGAAGAACUUGCGCCGAAGUUUGAUAAUCAACCCUCAGGUGGAGAUUAAAAGAGAUGAGCAACUGAUGGAAAUACGCAUCUUCUCAGAUCCUGGCAGAAUUAUGCGGCCCCUUCUAAUUGUGGAGAAUAAUGAACUGGCUGUGUCUAAGGAGAAGAUAGAGAAAUUCAGAAGCAAAAACUAUUCAUUUAGUUGUCUUCUAGAGGAGAAAAUGAUAGAAUUCAUCGGUGUCGAAGAAGAAGAGGAUUGUCGUACUGCAUGGGGAUUUGCAUAUCUGUUGGAUCAUAAGGGCCAACCUGCACACUAUACCCAUUGCGAGCUUGACCUAUCUUUCUUGUUGGCCUUAAGUUGUGGAAUUAUUCCAUUUGCAAACCACAAUUUUGCUAGGCGUGUUCUUUAUCAAUCUGAGAAACAUUCCCAGCAAGCCAUAGGUUUUUGGACAACAAACCCCAAUGUCAGGGUUGAUACUCUUUCUCACCAGCUUUACUAUCCCCAGAAACCUCUUUUUAGGACUAUGAUUUCUGAUUGCAUAGGAAAAUCUGAACACUUCAAUGGGCAGAAUGCUAUUGUGGCUGUUAAUGUUCAUAUGGGUUAUAACCAAGAGGAUUCCCUUGUUCUCAAUCAAACUUCAUUACAACGGGGCAUGUACCGAACUGAGCAUUAUAGAAGCUAUAAAUCUGAGAUUGAUGUUGUGAAGGUGACAGGAAAGCGUUUUAAGGUUAAGGAAAAAGUGGACUUUGGAAAACCACUUACAGGGUAUGGUAGGGUGGACAGCCUUGAAGAUGAUGGAUUUCCAUUCAUUGGUGCAAACCUGCAAGCUGGUGAUGUAGUCAUCGGCAGAGUUGCAGAAUCAGGAGAGGAUCACAGUGUUAAGCUGAAACAUACUGAGAAGGGGAAGGUCCAGAGAGUUUUGUUGUCUGCAAAUGAUGAAGGAAAAAAUUUUGCUGUUGUAUCUCUUAGGCAGGUUAGAUCUCCAUGCCUUGGAGAUAAAUUUUCAAGUAUGCAUGGUCAAAAAGGGGUUGUUGGAUUCUUGGACUCUCAGGAGAAUUUUCCAUUCACUCGGGAAGGCAUCGUUCCAGAUAUAGUGAUAAAUCCUCAUGCUUUUCCAACAAGACAGACUCCUGGCCAGUUGUUAGAGUGUGCUUUGGGGAAAGGGAUUGCUUCUGGUGGUCGUAUGAAAUAUGCGACACCCUAUGCUGCUGCCUCCUUUGAUGAUAUCACAGAGCAGCUUCACAGCCUUGGCUAUUCGAGAUGGGGAAAUGAAAGAGUGUAUAACGGGAGAACAGGUCAACGACUAAAAAGUUUAAUUUUUAUGGGUCCUACAUUUUAUCAAAGACUGAUUCACAUGUCUGAAGACAAGGUAAAAUUCAGAAACACUGGACCUGUGCAUCCACUCACUCGGCAACCAGUAUCGGACAGAAAAAGAUAUGGAGGGGUCAAGUUCGGCGAGAUGGAAAGAGACUGCCUGCUUGCGCAUGGGGCAGCAUCCAACCUACAGGAACGCCUGUUUCUCUUGAGUGAUUUCUCCCAUAUGAUGAUCUGUCAGAAGUGUUCCAGAGUUGCAAACGUGGUCCUACGCAGCACUACAGAUAGAAAAGUACGGGGGCCUUAUUGUUCAUUUUGUAAAUCAAUUGAACAUAUUGUAAAAAUUAAUGUACCUUAUGGAGCUAAAUUGCUUUAUCAAGAGCUUUUUAGCAUGGGAAUUUGUUUGAAGUUCAAAACAGAGCUGUGCUGACUUCAUAUCACCAAAUUUUGAGAACUUGACAGGUGCUUCUGUAAAUAACUGUUUUUAUUACGUGAUAACUAACGAGUUUUUAUAAUGAGUUAGCUGUAAUUCCAGGUAUC